UACAUUGUGUGUUAGGUCUAUGGCUCUAGUUGUGAAGAAGAUGACAGUUCCCGGAGAGAGUUAGGAAACGUGGCCUUAUGAGAAAAAAGAACCAAUAUUGAUGUGAAACAGGUAGUGUUUGCGAACUCAUCGACUGACCUUACGUUGCUCGGGAGAGCACACCGGCUUUCACAGUUUUCCGACGGUUGACAUUACAGCAAAAAUGGCAGAUGUCGACCAAGGAUCGGUGGCCCCGACUGAAACUUCACCGGCUCUGGACAGCUUGAAUGCUACCGACACAAAUGGAACCGAUGCCGUCAAUGCUACAGUGGCCAAAUUCGUUGCAACACCAGAAGGCACAGCGUUGGCAUAUGGCAGCCUUGUAUUCAUGGCCUUGCUGCCAAUCUUUUUUGGUGCGCUGCGCUCCGUCACCUGCUCAAAGAGCAAGGUUGACGGCGAAAAUGGUUACGUGUACCGAAACUCCUCAGACAUGCCUGAGACCAUCACGAGCAGAGAUGCUGCCCGCUUCCCCAUCAUAGCCAGCUGCACCCUCUUUGGCUUGUAUCUCUUCUUUAAGAUUUUCUCACAAGAGUAUAUUAACAUGCUGCUAUCAAUGUACUUCUUUGUGCUGGGGAUCCUGGCCCUGUCUCACACCAUGAGUCCCUUCAUGAACAGGGUGGUCCCAGCCAGCGUGCCCAAUAAGCUGUAUCAGCUCCUCUUCACCCAGGGUACAGGGGAGAGCAAAGAGGAGAUAGUCAACUAUGAGUUUGACACCAGGGACCUCUUCUGUCUGGUUAUCAGUGCAGUUGUGGGGGUCUGGUACAUUCUCAAAAAGCACUGGGUGGCCAACAACCUCUUUGGAUUGGCCUUCGCUCUGAAUGGUGUUGAGCUUCUUCACCUGAAUAACGUCAGCACAGGAUGCAUCCUCUUGGGAGGCCUGUUUGUCUACGACGUCUUUUGGGUGUUUGGCACAAAUGUCAUGGUUACAGUGGCCAAGUCCUUUGAGGCACCCAUCAAGUUGGUUUUCCCUCAGGACCUUCUGGAGAGGGGGCUGAACGCCAGUAACUUUGCCAUGCUCGGCCUGGGCGAUAUCGUCAUCCCAGGCAUCUUCAUUGCAUUGCUGCUCCGCUUUGAUGUUAGUUUGAAGAAGAAUACCAGGACCUACUUCUAUACCAGUUUUCUAGCUUACAUCUUUGGUCUGGGCCUCACCAUUUUCGUCAUGCACACUUUCAAAGCUGCUCAGCCUGCUCUCUUGUAUCUGGUGCCAGCCUGUAUUGGUUUCCCAGUGGUGGUGGCCUUGCUCAAAGGAGAGUUGACAGAGUUGUUCAGGUAUGAGGAAACUCCCCCGGAGACAGAGGAGACCUCCCCAGAAGAGACGACAGAGACUGAGAAAAAGGACCAAUAACCAGGACGACCUGCACCUGCACGCCCCCCCCAUGACCCUGGGAAAACCCUCCAUCCACCAACACCACAUUUCACGAGCCACACUCACUUCCUGGUCUCAUGGCCUGGGAGGACCUGCCAUGAUGCCGACGUGCCGUGUCAUACAUGGAAAUGGCCCGUUAUUCUCAGUAACUGUUUAUGAUGUUGGAAUGUUUUUGUUGUCUGUAAAUGGUUUAUGAAAAUGGAAACAAAAAAAAAGCUUCUACUGUGCCUAUGAAUUCCUUUUGUUUUGUUGCUGUUUUUUUUUUAUAUACAACUUUCAUCUAUUGAAUAUGCCUUCUGCAAUGUCAUCGAUUAUUUUUAAAUGUGGACCUCUGUUCUCGUCAAGACCAGUGUUUUAACCUUUUUUUGUCUGGGAGAUAAAAAGAGAAUCACAAGUGGUGUUUAGUGUAUAUGAAAAGCAAGGCUUGUGAGUUUAAAAUGGCAACAGACCAUUUGGGUUUAAAUUUGGGUCAUUCUCCAGUUUUGUCCAGUAGUGUCAGAGGUGCAGUAUGGUACUUUUGUUUGUUUUGGUUCCUAAAAAACUGUUUGAAACUGCACCGCAACGUUGGAAAAGGGGUGCGUGAGCGACUGGCGUGGGAAUGUGAAUACUGAGAUGCUGUUGGAUGACGGCGUAUCUCCAUUACCUAGUAUUUGUAUUUUCAGAAAAGGAGACCAAAGUGGGACCAAAAUAUUAGUCUUCUAGUUUUCAUUUUAUUUGUGUUUUUUCCCUUCCGCCUAUGGUAUAUUAUUUAAAUGUUCUGGUCUUUCUGGCUCUGGAGGCAGGGAGUGACCUUUCUUAGGGACAGUGCACAUGAGCGUUUAUUUUUUUCUGUUUUUUUUUUUGUAUGUGCUUAUAAAGGAUCAUGUCAUGUCCAUAGGAUUUAUUACGCUCUGCUUGGUGAAAGACAAAAAAAAGUGUCCCAUUGUUUUUUGCAGUCUCAUCCUGAUUAAUCUCAUUUCUCUUGGUGUACCAGUGCAAGGUUAAGCUUCCUUGAGGAGCAGUUAUCUUUUUUUUCCUCUCACUUUUUUUUUUUUUGCAAUAAAGUGUGGUGUGGUAUACCACUUGUAGACAAGCAUAAAAA